AUGAACGAAGCAGGGAAGAGAAUAGGACUGCGAAUAAACAGGAAGAAGACACAGUUCAUGAAGAACGCCUACUGCGAGGACGGAGGAGUACAACAUGAAAGCUCCCAAAUCGUGGAAACUUUGCCAUACGUAUACCUCGGACGUUCCAUGAACAUGGAAAACUUGAAAAAAACUGGACUUGAAGGAAGAACUGAACAGAAGAAAGAGCAGUUGGUAGUGUUGAAGCGACAUGAGGAACGGUGUAGUUACGUGAGCGGCAACGGUCGAAGAGCGAGAAAGCGGUUGGAACCGAGGUGGAACCAUCGCGAACUGCAGCAAAUGAUGGUGCUGGCAAGAGUCCCUCUCGAUCCUAACUGCUACGCUCCAUCACACCGCUUCGAGAGCAGCCUCUAA